UUUUUCAUAAGAUGCAUAGAACGGCUCUGGGGUAUAAGCAGGAAUCGAAGGCGAGCUCUCUUUAGCUUGACUUAACCGCUUCAGAUUAGAUGAAUGAAUAUCAUCCAUAAACCGCUUUAAUGCAUUCCUGUGCUUAAAACUCUGUUCAUGUUCCCGUCGAAUGAGCUGAGUAUCUGUAACAAACUAAGUAUAGCAUUAGUAUACUUGGAAUGUAGCUAGCAUUGCUUAACUUACUGUUUGACAGUAUUUACAAAAAUAUUUGGGAAUGCUUUUCCAGUAUUCGGCCAUGGCUUUUAUGUUGAAAACCAAUCCUCAGUUUCGUCUGUCCACCAAUGCUUUAACAAAACGGUUUGAGUUUAUAAAUUACAGAAUGACAACAAUUCCAAUAACAUAUGACUUAUUAUCUUCAAUAGAGCCCAGAAAAUGGUUAAGAAAUACAGAAUCAGGCGGUGAAAUUACUUCUGUAAGUUUCGACGACAGUGGAGAACUUUGUUUGGCGUCUUCCACAGAUGAUUCAUUAAAACUAUACAAUUGUGUAACAGGAAAAUUCAUCAAAGAGCUCGCCAGUAAGAAAUAUGGUGCACAUUUGGGUCGGUUUUCUCAUCAUUCUAAUUCUCUAAUUCAUGCUUCUACUAAAGAAGAUGACACAAUCCGCUACCUUGAUGUAGUUACGAAUCGAUAUCUUCGGUACUUUACCGGGCAUAAACAAGCUGUCACUUCUCUUGAUGUUUCACCUUCUGAUGAAAUAUUUCUUAGUGCCUCGAUGGAUAAUACGAUACGACUAUGGGACUUUCGUUCUCCUAAUUGUCAGGGAUUACUAAAUGUGAGCUCGCCUGUUGUGGCUGCCUUUGAUGCUACCGGCUUAAUUUUUGCAUCUGUGAGUGAAAGGAAAUAUAAGAUCUCUCUUUACAACAUAAAGACUUUCGAUUCACGGCCAUUUCAGGAGAUUCCCUUGACAUUCCUCCCUCCCCAUGUAAGCAUUUCGAAUAUAGAGUUCAGUACUGAUGGAAGAUAUAUUUUGUUGACUACUGGAAAUGAUUACCAUUACGUGGUAGAUACUUAUAGUGGACAGGAAUUGUUACGUGUACCAGCUAGGACAAAUGCUAAAAGUGCUAGUAAAAGCCUUUCUUUUUACUCUUCUGCUUGUAUGUCUCCAGACAGUAAAUAUUUAUUUACUGCAAAUGAUGAGAAGCACCUGGCCAUCUACGAAUUGCCUGAGAUGAAAUCAUCAAAUCAACAUUCCGACACUUGGAAUAUGCAUGAACUAAUGGCACAGGUCAAGGAUACAAUACCUUCAGUUCCGCAAAGCUGUAUUCCUGUGACUCAAAAAGUAGAAUGUCCUGAAGUGCCUUCUAUAGUCCGUUUUAAUCCACGGCAUGCCCAACUGGUGACCGCUCAUUCAGGCGUAGUAUUCUGGGCUUGAUCAGGUAUAUGGUUUACUCCAUCAGUCAAAAUAUUUUUACGAUGAAGGGUAUAAGGUUAAUCAUACAUCUUUUUUAGACAUCAGAUUAAAAAUAAUAAAGAGAAGAAAAAUUAAAUAUGCAACCAGUCAUGAACGAAUUUUCGAAAUUUUACAGAGCCUUUAAGGGAAGACUUUUUUCUUUCUUGUAGGCAAUCACGCCUCAAAACAAUUAUUUUUCCAGCCAUAUUACUAACGAUGAUAAUAUCAAUGGGGCGUAGAUCAGCGGUUUUCUCUGAAACUUUGGAAAACGCACUUUUCCAAUUCUUUCCAGGAAAGGAAUAUCCUUCCGAGCGGGCAACCUCUACAGCUGUUCUCGAGGGGGCAAUGAUCGCAGAGGUAAGUCUUUCUGUGCAAAUUCGAAAUGUUUCCAUUGGCAAAUGACGCACAACCCCUCUUCGUUUACUUGUUGAAGACAGAAAUUUGUAUGGGAGAUGCCAUAAUGUAACUUCGUUGGAGUCGCUUCUGCUAAUAAUAUAAUUAUUGUCUUCGUUGAGACGAGAAAGUACUUGCCUAUUUAUGCGGUGAUCCUGAUCCACUUUCAAAAUCAAAGAUCUAUUUUUAACAUCAAAAAGUCGAAUAGAACUGUCGUUUGUGGAAACCAAAACAUACGCUUCGGAAUCAAGUUCUCCAGGGGUGGCAUUCGUACAUUGUAAUCCAGUUAUUCUACUUUUUCUAUUUCGUGAAGAUGACCGAUGAAUGAGCCAUGAAGAAACGUAACGAAGUUGUUCUGUUUCAAACAAUGCACACAUUCCGUAAAACAUCCCGACGAUUAUCCGCUGACCAUUAGGUUGAAAACAAAUGGCUGAAAUUGAAUAUUCUAAUUGAUUCCAUUGCAAGGUUUUGUGCUCUAAGACAGACCAUAGCUGGAUCCGAUGGUCCAAUGUACCUGAUACAAAGAAACGAUCAUCUGUUGGGUGAAAAGAAACGCAUGUGACUAUUUCAUUAUGUUGAAAGAUGGCCAAGCAUCUGUUUAGUCUAGGAUGCCAAAGGCGAACGGUACGGUCGCUGGAUGCUGUUAGCAAAAAGUCGUUUUUGCUCCAAGAUACGCAAAGAACCUCAGCUCGAUGGCCAGUACAGCUUAAAACUGGUUCUGGCUCAAAGAUACUGAAACCGCUAAAAUAAGAUUCUUUCCUUUUAGUCUCUUCUUUAAAAAAAGAACUACGAUCUUUUUUAGACUCAAUGACUUUCCAUACUCUAAUAUUGGAGUCCUUUCCUGCGGUCGCUAGGUAUUUCCCACUUGCACUAACUUCAGAAGCCCAGAGAGAACUCUUGUAAUUGGAUGGAUCAUACUUAUUAAAGCGUUUCCCUAAUCUCUUUCUAUGAUUUGGUAUUUCAGUGGAACCAGUAUUUAUCACUUGUGCGACAAAAAUCUUUUGGCUAAGUGUCAUUUCUUUUUUUGGCAUUCGCCUCUUAUGAACAGGAACAUAACGUAGAUGUUCUCGACUUGAUACGGGAUGAUUUUUAUGUUUAGGGUAUAGGGAUUGAAUUUUUCUUUCAUCAAGCUUCGUUGGCGACUCCUCUUCAUCAGCAACCUCAGCAGCAGUAGAGGAAGAAUUUACAGACGUGUUGGCCAAACUGAUAUCAUCCGCCUCAUCUGAUUCAUUUUCAGACUGGCCGUUUAGUGAGGAUGAGGUAUUCGGGGAAUCAUCAUCGGAAUCAUUAUCAAUUGAGUAAUCCGUAUUUUUCUCUUCAGUAUUUCGAGGAGCCACAGUCAACAGAUUUGGUCGAGUAGGUCGUUUUGGUAGUCUCUUCGCAUUAACAGGGCUUCUUCUUUUAGGAAUUCCUUCGUGGCUUGAUGGUGUCUUGCUCCGCUGCGGGUCUUCUAACAUAUUUUCCUUGAUGUGCCCAUCUUGCAAAAGAAGUUCCAUUAUGGAUUCCACAUGAAUGAAAAUCUGUUUUGCAUAGGACUCUGUUGAUGAUUGCUGAUUCGGACAAUGUUAGUACACCAAGGUGAUGAUUUAAAAAAAAAAAAAAAAAGAAAAAUGAUGAUCUUUAGACACCAAUGAACUUAAUUAUAAUACAAUUACCUCGAGUGAUUUUAGUAAGAGUAAGAGUGGAAAAGGAGUAGAGAAAACCAAUAAUUUUCUAUCCAGCAAUAUGUCUAAAAUAUGAUACGUUCCGAGCCUUUUAUUUUCUUUAUUCCUUUAUAGUAUUGGUAGAAAGUAA